UGCUAUUCGCGUGUAUCGAUUAUGCUCAACCGAGUUGCGGCAACAAAUCGCUAUGACGCGAAUCGCUUUUGACACGAUAGCGGGGAAGUUGCAUACGCGUCUGUGAACGAUCGCUCGAGUUGCCAUCGAUACGGUCGAACCGCGAGCGUAAACCAUCCCGAAAUUCUUGCUUUCACAUUUCAACGAUUUUAUUCCUCCGGACACUGCACAUCUGACACCGAGUCUCGAGUUCUUCGUCCUGGCAAAUACGUCCUGUUGUGUCGCUCGGAGUACAAUGAAAUAGACGAUUCAGGGAGUGCCCUUCUUUCUGAUGUUCGAUCCCCUACCCUCUUUAACCUGCAGUUCACCUGUGCCUUCAUCGAGCGAGGACUACCCCCUUACUAAUUAUCCGCAGAUCGAUAAUCAUCGAUGAGGGCCGUGCACGAGGCUCUUCGGAGCAGUCCAGGCUCGUCGGCGAGCGAGGCAACAUUAAGAAUUGCGGCUGCUUCGAUCGUAUCAAAUAUACACAAGACCGUGACGUUAUCGCGUCUACUUUGCGUAAAUCUUGGUGAUUGUAAAAAAGUUCACAAUUUUUUACUGACGAAAAAAAAUCGUGAGUUUUCUCGCCGUCGACCUUGCGGGUAAAAUGGAGAAAUAUGAAAAUAUCGAGAUAGUGGGCGAGGGAAGUUACGGACUCGUGAUGAAGUGCAGGCAUCGCGAAACCCAGCAAAUAGUGGCGAUAAAAAAGUUCUUGGAGACGGAGGAGGAUGUGCAGGUGCGAAAAAUGGCGUUUCGCGAAAUAAGGAUGUUGAAGAAAUUACGUCACGAGAAUCUGGUAAACAUGAUCGAGGUGUUUCGCCGAAGAAAACGGCUUUAUCUUGUGUUCGAGUAUCUCGAUCACACUGUGCUCGAUGAAUUGGAGAAAAGUAAAAAUGGUCUCGACCGGGAGAAAUCAAGGCGAUAUAUUUUCCAAAUACUUCGAGGGUUGGACUUCUGUCAUAAUCACAAAAUCAUGCACCGCGACGUGAAACCCGAGAAUGUGCUGGUAUCGCCGAACGGUGUGAUCAAGCUCUGCGACUUCGGUUUCGCGCGCUACGUCACCAACGAGUCCUGUACCGAUUACGUGGCGACGAGGUGGUAUCGCGCGCCGGAGCUCCUCGUCGGCGAUUCCAAGUACGGCAGGGAGAUCGACGUCUGGGCGGCCGGAUGCAUCUACGCCGAGAUGAUCACCGGUCAGCCGCUCUUUCCCGGCGACAGCGACGUUGAUCAGCUAUACCGCAUCACGAAGGCUCUCGGUUCUCUUUACGGCAAGCAGACGGCAAACGGUAGCGGCAAACACGUACUUUUACUCCGGCACGCGAAACCUGAUGAAGUUGGGUUAACGCGAUCCACGUCGGGUCUUCGAAAUCUCUUCCCCACGUGGAGCUCGGUGGCGAUCGACUUUCUGACACAGUGUCUUCGUACGGAUCCUGCCGUCCGACCGAAGUGCCUCGCGUUGCUGCAGCAUCCUUUUUUCUCGCACGAUGGUUUCGCCGACAGAUUCCUCAUCGAGCUGCAGCGACUAGUCGCGAAAGAAUCCGCGAUGAAUGUGCUCGGAGCCAAGAGGACGGCGGAAACGUCCAAAUCCAGGAUCUGCCGCAGCAGCAUCGGAAGAUGGCAGAUGUCGUUAAUCAAGGAGAGGCGAGCGAAUAAUAAUAUGGAACCCGAAGUCACGGAAAGCGAGGAUUCGCCGGGAGAUCGUGUUAAUGCGAAUGCCGCGAGUAAGAUGCAAAUAAGCCGGCCGCGCGAACUGCGUUACUUCGGACCGGUCUCGGUAAUACCGAACACCACGUAUAUUCGACGGCUGGAACACAAAGGGCUUCUGAUCCCUGAAUCGAAGGGCUGUGCGUUGCCGGCGCUGACGCCGAAGACGAACGCCAAGAGGAAAAAACUUGAUCUGCCCAGCGUGAAAAAUUAUUGAUCGCGCAGCUUCUUUUUCGCAAUAUUACCCAAGCAGACCACAAGUCAUUAUGACAUCAAAUUUAAAUGAUGUCAAAAUGACUUCAAAAAUGAUUUAUAUUAAGUCACUUCUCGAUCAGCCAUGAAUCAUUUAAACGUCAUUUUAACAUUAUCGUGAUCUGUUAUUCUAUAGUCGGGUAAUAUCGAGGAAGGGGCGAGGAGGGAACUGUACAGUGAAACUCAUUAUAUGCGCGCGCGAGAUAGAUGUGUACAUAUAUCUUACAUUUUGCGCGCUCUGUAAAUGUAAAUGUAAAAUAUCGAUAUAGCGUGUAAGGUGCGAUUUAUUCCCUCUGUAAGGAAAAAGAAUAAACGCUGAGGAGGUUUCUUUUUACUUUAUACCGGAA